AUCUACGUUGUGGCUUCACAGUAGUGCUGCAUUAAUGUAAAUAGAAUAGGCCUUUCUAUGGACCCCUCCCCCCCGCAUUUUCUAUAAAAAAAAAACACAAGCACGUGUUGAAGGUUUCAGAACAAUGGGUGACGAAAUGCAGCCAUUCAGAGUCCUUGCAAAGUUCAAGUCUGACCGCGGGGAAGUGGCUGGGACCGGUCUCCUCGACUUGCCACUGGACAUCACCGUUGAUAAAAUGCAAUUGAUUUGCAAUGCACUCUUGGAAAAGGAUGAAACAGUGCCGUUUGCGUUCUUCGUGAACGAGACGGAAGUGACGGGGUCGCUGAAGGCAGUGGUGGAGAAGGAGGGUCUGGGCACGGAACACGUGGUGGAGAUAGUCUACCAUGAGCAGGCUGUGUUCAGGGUGCGGGCCGUCACCAGGUGUACCAGCUCCAUGCCCGGACACGCGGAGGCAGUGAUCUCGGUGAGCUUCAGCCCUGACGGGAAGCACCUAGCCAGCGGGUCCGGAGACACGACGGUCCGUUUCUGGGACGUGCACACGCAGACUCCCCAUCACGUGUGUCGAGGGCACACACACUGGGUGCUGUGCAUCGCGUGGGCCCCAGACGGAAACCGACUGGCGUCCGGCUGCAAGAAGGGUGUAGUUCUCCUGUGGGACCCUCACUCGGGCAAGCAACUGGGUCGAGAGCUCAAGGGCCACAAGCAGUGGGUGACUGCGUUAGCGUGGGAGCCGUACCACAGUGACCCAGCGUGCCGUCGGCUGGCCAGCGCCUCUAAAGAUUGUGACGUCCGUGUGUGGGACGUCGUCCUGGGCCACACGCUCUUCGCCCUGGCGGGGCACACGGCCAGCGUGACGGCUGUCAAGUGGGGUGGCGGUGGUCUGAUUUACACUGGCUCGCAGGACCGCACCAUCAAGGUGUGGCGGGCGGCAGAUGGUGUUUUGUGUCGCACGCUUGAAGGCCACGCCCACUGGGUCAACACUCUUGCGCUCAGUACAGAUUAUGUACUGCGCACUGGCCCAUUUGACCCGGUAUCACCAAGCAAGACUGCAGGUGUAACAGACAAGGCAGCGCUACAGAGACUGGCCCAGGAGCGGCACAGCGCAGUGCGGCAGUUGGGGGAGGAGCGGUUGGUAUCAGGAUCUGAUGACUUCACACUCUUCCUCUGGACUCCUGAAGUCAGCAAGAAGCUUAUUGCUCGCAUGACGGGUCACCAGCAGCUAGUGAACGAUGUGAAGUUCUCCCCCGACAUGCGGGUGAUUGCAUCUGCAUCGUUUGACAAGUCAGUGAAGUUGUGGGAUGGCCGCACAGGUAGGUUUCUGGCCGCACUUCGGGGUCACGUCCAGGCUGUCUACCAGGUUGCGUGGUCGGCCGACUCCCGCCUGCUAGUGUCCGGCUCCGCUGACUCCACCCUCAAAGUGUGGAGUAUGAAAACGAAAAAGCUGGAACUAGACUUGCCGGGCCAUGCGGACGAGGUGUUUGCCGUGGACUGGUCGCCGGACGGGGCUCGGGUCGCCUCCGGGGGCAAGGACAAGGUCCUUAAGCUGUGGCAGUAUUAAGGAAGAUGAUUAUCUUGUUCUACAAGUUAUUAUUUUGUUUAGGACAACACAUUUAAAGUUGAUUUUAAAAUAAUUUGUUAAAUAAAUGCUACCAAAACAA